UGGGCCAGGAGGAGGAAGCGUGGGUCGCUGCGAGCACCAGCAGCCUGGAGGCUGAGUCUGCUGCGGAGCCCUAGCUGGAGUGGGGCUCUGGGAGCCGGCUGCCCUGCACGAUGCAGCCCAGGACCCUCUGCAUCCUGCUCGCCGCUGUCUCGGGAGCUCAAGGCUGGGGCUACUAUGGCUGCGACGAGGAGCUGGUGGGGCCCCUGUAUGCACGCUCCCUGGGUGCCUCCUCCUACUACGGGCUCUUCACGGCGCCACGCUUCGCCCGUCUGCACGGUAUAAGCGGAUGGUCACCCCGGAUUGGGGACCCGAAUCCCUGGCUCCAGAUAGACCUCAUGAAGAAGCACCGGAUCCGAGCCGUGGCCACGCAGGGUUCCUUUAAUUCUUGGGACUGGGUCACACGUUACAUGCUGCUCUAUGGCGACCGUGUGGACAGCUGGACGCCCUUCUACCAGCAAGGGCACAAUGCGACCUUCUUCGGCAAUGUAAAUGAGUCCGCAGUCGUGCGCCAUGACUUCCACUAUCACUUCACAGCGCGCUACAUCCGCAUCGUGCCGCUCGCCUGGAAUCCUCGUGGCAAGAUCGGCCUGAGGCUCGGUCUCUACGGCUGCCCAUACAAGUCCGAUGUCCUGUAUUUCGAUGGUGAUGAUGCCAUCUCUUACCGCUUCCCGCGAGGGGUCAGCCGAAGCCUGUGGGAUGUGUUCGCGUUCAGCUUCAAGACAGAGGAGAAGGACGGGCUCCUAUUGCACGCAGAGGGCGCCCAGGGGGACUAUAUCACGCUGGAGCUGCAGGGCGCACACCUGCUGCUACACAUGAGCCUGGGCAGUAGCCCCAUUCAGCCCAGGCCCGGGCACACGACGGUGAGCGCCGGUGGCGUCCUCAACGACCAACACUGGCACUACGUGCGCGUGGACCGCUUUGGCCGCAAUGCCAAUCUCACCCUGGAUGGCUACGUGCAGCGCUUCGUGCUCAAUGGUGACUUCGAAAUGCUGAACUUGGACACAGAGAUGUUCAUCGGGGGUCUGGUGGGCGCCAAACAGAAAAACCUCGCAUACCGGCACAACUUCCGCGGCUGCAUGGAGAACGUCAUCUUCAAUCGAGUCAACAUCGCAGACCUGGCCGUGCGGCGCCAUUCACGGAUCACCUUUGAGGGUAAGGUGGCAUUCCGUUGCUUGGACCCUGUACCGCACCCCAUCAACUUCGGAGGCCCGCACAACUUCGUGCAAGUGCCUGGUUUCCCGCGCCGUGGCCGCCUUGCCGUCUCCUUUCGCUUCCGCACGUGGGACCUCACGGGGCUGCUACUCUUCUCCCGCCUGGGGGACGGCCUGGGCCACGUGGAACUGAUGCUCAGCGAAGGACAGGUCAACGUUUCAGUGGCGCAGAGUGGCCGCAAGAAGCUGCAGUUCGCUGCUGGGUACCGUCUGAAUGAUGGCUUCUGGCAUGAGGUGAAUUUUGUGGCCCAGGAAAACCAUGCAGUCAUCAGCAUUGACGACGUGGAGGGGGCAGAAGUUAGGGUCUCCUAUCCACUGCUGAUCCGAACAGGGACCUCCUACUUUUUUGGGGGUUGUCCCAAACCAGCUGGCCGAUGGGACUGCCACUCAAACCAGACAGCUUUCCAUGGCUGCAUGGAGCUGCUCAAAGUGGAUGGGCAGCUGGUCAACCUGACCCUGGUCGAGUUCCGGCGGCUUGGACACUACGCUGAGGUCCUCUUCGACACGUGUGGCAUCACGGACAGGUGUAGCCCUAACAUGUGUGAACACGACGGCCGCUGCUACCAGUCCUGGGACGACUUCAUCUGCUACUGUGAACUCACAGGCUACAAGGGGGAGACCUGCCACCAGCCUUUAUACAAAGAGUCUUGUGAGGCUUAUCGGCUCAGUGGGAAAACAUCUGGAAAUUUCACCAUUGAUCCUGAUGGCAGCGGCCCCCUGAAGCCCUUCAUGGUCUACUGUGAUAUUCGAGAGAACCGGGCCUGGACGGUGGUGCGGCAUGACAGGCUAUGGACCACGCGGGUGACGGGCUCCAGCAUGGAUCGGCCCUUCCUGGGGGCAGUGCAGUACUGGAACGCGUCCUGGGAGGAGGUCAGCGCCCUGGCCAACGCCUCGCAGCACUGCGAGCAGUGGAUCGAGUUCUCCUGCUAUAACUCCCGCCUGCUCAACACGGGAGGAGGUUACCCCUACAGCUUCUGGAUUGGCCGUAACGAGGAGCAGCAUUUCUAUUGGGGAGGCUCACAGCCUGGGAUCCAGCGCUGCGCCUGUGGGCUGGACCGGAGCUGCGUAGACCCAGCCCUACACUGCAACUGUGAUGCUGACCAGCCCCAGUGGAGAACUGACAAGGGCCUGCUGACCUUCGUGGACCACCUGCCCGUCACGCAGGUGGUGGUGGGCGAUACAAACCGCUCCACAUCGGAGGCCCAGUUCUUCCUGAGGCCUCUGCGUUGCUAUGGCGACCGAAAUUCCUGGAACACCAUCUCCUUCCACACUGGGGCUGCGCUGCGCUUCCCUCCGAUUCGUGCCAACCACAGCCUCGACGUGUCUUUCUACUUCAGGACCUCAGCUCCCUCCGGGGUAUUUCUGGAGAACAUGGGGGGCGCCUACUGCCAGUGGCGCCGGCCUUAUGUGCGGCUAGAGCUCAACACAUCCAGGGAUGUGGUCUUCGCUUUCAACGUGGGCAAUGGGGAUGAGAACCUGACGGUGCACUCAGAGGACUUUGAGUUCAACGACGAUGAAUGGCACCUGGUCCGGGCGGAAAUCAAUGUGAAGCAGGCCCGACUGCGUGUGGACCACCGGCCCUGGGUGCUGCGGCCCAUGCCCCUGCAGACUUACAUCUGGCUGGAGUAUGACCAGCCCCUCUAUGUGGGAUCUGCAGAGCUUAAGAGGCGCCCCUUUGUGGGAUGCCUGAGGGCCAUGCGUCUGAAUGGAGUGACUCUGAACCUGGAGGGUCGUGCCAAUGCCACUGAGGGCACCUCGCCCAACUGCACAGGUCGCUGCUCCCACCCCCGCUUCCCCUGUUUCCAUGGAGGCCGCUGCGUGGAGCGCUACAGCUAUUACACGUGUGACUGUGACCUUACGGCUUUCGAUGGGCCGUACUGCAACCACGACAUUGGCGGCUUCUUCGAGCCGGGUACCUGGAUGCGCUACAACCUGCAGUCAGCCCUGCGCUCUGCAGCCCGUGAGUUCUCCCAUAUGCUGAGCCGGCCUGUGCCAGGCUAUGAGCCUGGCUACAUCCCUGGCUACGAUACCCCUGGCUACGUGCCUGGCUAUCAUGGCCCUGGGUACCACUUGCCUGACUACCCGCGGCCUGGUCGGCCUGUGCCUGGUUACCGUGGGCCUGUAUACAAUGUCACGGGAGAGGAGGUGUCCUUCAGCUUCAGCACCAGCUCGGCACCUGCUGUCCUGCUUUACGUCAGCUCCUUCGUGCGUGACUACAUGGCUGUGCUCAUCAAGGAGGAUGGGACCCUGCAGCUACGGUACCAGCUGGGAACCAGCCCCUAUGUGUACCAGCUAACCACACGACCAGUGACCGACGGCCAGCCCCACAGCGUCAACAUCACCCGAGUGUACCGCAACCUCUUCAUCCAGGUGGACUACUUCUCCAUGACAGAACAGAAGUUCUCCCUGCUGGUGGAUAGCCAGCUGGACUCACCCAAGGCCUUGUAUCUCGGGCGCGUGAUGGAAACGGGGGUGAUUGACCCGGAGAUCCAGCGCUACAACACCCCGGGUUUCUCGGGCUGCCUGUCCGGUGUUCGGUUCAACAACGUGGCUCCACUCAAGACGCACUUCCGCAGCCCCCGGCCUAUGACGGCGGAGCUGGCCGAGGCCCUCCGCGUCCAGGGAGAGCUGUCCGAGUCCAAUUGCGGGGCCAUGCCGCGGCUGGUCUCGGAGGUGCCGCCCGAGUUGGAUCCUUGGUACCUUCCCCCAGACUUCCUCUACUACCACGAUGACGGCUGGGUCGCCAUUCUGCUAGGCUUCUUGGUGGCUUUCCUGCUACUGGGGCUGGUGGGCAUGUUGGUGCUAUUCUACCUGCAGAACCACCGCUACAAGGGCUCCUAUCACACCAAUGAGCCCAAGGCUGCCCAUGACUACCACCCCAGCAGCAAACCUCAUGCUGCAGGCGCUGCCCAGACCCCAGCACCAGCCCCAGUUCCCAACCCUGCCCUGGCCUCAGCCCCAGCCCCGGCCCCUGGCCCAACCCCAACCCCAGCCCCUGGCUCAGGCCCAGGCCCAGCUGCAGCCUCUGGUCCCCGGGGUCAGACCCUACCCCGAAUCUCGGAAGAGGGCAAGUCUGAAUGAGUAGGGAGCAGGGACUGCAGGGCCCAGCUCCUCCAAUCCCCCUCCCCCUUCCCUGCAGCAACAGACAUCUGGCCCCACCUAGCCAGCUCUGCUCCAGAGACACCCCACCCCCCACCAAUUCUGGCAGGCAGAGCCACAGAAGGGAGCUGAGGGAGGGGCCUUACUGCCUACACUCACUCUGGCCCCCCCACCCCCACAGACUCCUGGCUCUGCGCCUGCCCCAGGAAAGCCUCUGGGGGACAGGCCAGAAUGGCCCUGCCUGCCCUCACCCUCUCCGUCCCAGCUGCUGGGAGGGAUUAACCAGAGUGCUGGGAGAUUAACUGCCUCCCUCCCCGUGGCAGGGACAGCCGCGUGUGCGUGUGUGCAGGCAGCAGGGCGGCCUCCCUUCCCCCCCUCCCCGCCCUGCCCUGCCCUGUCGGCUCCCACCUGCUUCCUCUCCACCCUGGUGGGUGAGGGGGGCCUCACUGAUGUCCCCAACCCACACAUUUCGUUUUUUGCACAGAGACUAGAGGCCUCAGUUUAGCACCUCAGUACCUCCGUUGCUUCACUGCUUUAGCCAAAGCCAUAAGGAACCUGCUGUGUAGAGAAGAUAGCGCAGACACGCUGCCUGGCCAGCCCCCUCCUGCCCUGCCCCCUUGCCAAGCUAUGCAGUCGCCUUGGGGCCUGACCCAAGGCUCCGCCCCCUCUCCAAUGCACGCGAGCCCUCGCUCUCAGAUGCUGCUGCUUUUGCCCAGGAGGUCCUAUUGUUUAUAUAUUUUUUGUUGCAGAGUCUGUCUCUAGGGAAACGGUAUAUAUUAUUCUAAUUUUUUAAACUACCUGUUUAUAUAUAGAAGAAAAGCCCAGUUGGCUGUCCGGUCCUGUGCUGUGCCCACAGUCUGUAGUUGGCUCCCCCUGUUUGUCACUCAUCCAGGCUGCUCUGAGGCUGGUGGGGGGCUGCCCUGCUCUUCCCUCGCCUCAGAGCCAGACCAAUAAAACAGAGUGGCAGAACCACA